UGUCACUCUAGCCCAAGGCGACAAAGUGAGGCUCUGUCUCAAACAAAAAAGAGCAAAAUACCUAGAAGAGCCUUCAGGAAGUUGGAAGAGUGGAUAACACAGGUCUCCGCAGCUGGGCCCUCGCCAGAUCGUCAUGCUCUCUGAGCUUCCAGUCUAGCUCAGCCCCGUGUGCCUGGCUGGUGCAGCAAGCCCUUGCUCUCUAUCUGGUCUUUACCCUCCCCUGGGUGGGGCUGAUGUCUGGACAGAGUCACUAUUGGAGAUUUCAGCCAUCUGGACAGGGAGCUAGUGUAUGGGAACAACGGGCUUGGGAUGCUGACAAAACCACAAAUCCAGCCUGGCUCUGCCACUGACAAGCUCUGUGAUCUUGGACAAGUCUCUUCACCUCUCUGAGGCCGUCCCUCAUCUGUAACACACCCGCUGGUUAAUAGGAAGAAAUGACAAAAGUGUAACCAAAUGUGCCUGACAUAUAAGAGGUACCCAAUAACUGCCAGCCAGUAUGUUUAAGAACUUGAAUCUCCUGCCCUCCGUGGUUCCGCUAAAGCCACCCUCUGCCCUCACACAGCUGGGCACAGAGCUGGGCCCCAACACUGCAAGGUGGUGGAUUUGCCCAGAUGAGGUGGAGUGGGGACUGUGCGCCUGGGCCAAUGUCUCCACAGGAGGAGGGGAACAGAUGGCAGGAUGUGUACAGAGCAGCAGGUGAUGUACCUGCCAGCUGUGGCCACCAGGGGGCACCCCAGCCCCGGAGAUGGCCCCGCGGGCCAGGCAGGUCUCUUUCUUGGCUCACUGGCUGGGGGGUACAUUAGGACGGAAGGUGAUAGCCUUGGGCUCGGCCAGUCAGACUGCCUCGGGCCUGUGGAGAGCUCUCAGGACUGAGGCCUGGUUGCAGUCUGACUCUGUCAACCAUGACCUUGGGCAAGGCACUUCCCUCUCUGGCCCAGUUCGCAGGGCUGGAACCUACUCCAAGGUCCCUUCCGGCCCGACUACAUGGUUCUAGGAUUCGAAGAUGAGAAUUGGGGGACUUGGGAUGCAGGUGGCCGGAGACUCCCAAAGGAGGGGGCAAAGGAGAGUGCCCCAGGACGUCAGCUGGAGAAGGAAAGCCCCUCUGGAGGUCGCCUCCCCCCGCCCCAGGCUGACCAGCCUCCAGCCUCCCUGCUGCUCUCGGAGGCUCAGCUUUGCUGCUGUUCUGUUCAAACACCCUGGGGCACUUCGGGCCUGGGUGGGGCAGGAGGGGAGGAAGGGAGUUUGAGGGGGACAAGACUUUACGUCAAAGAAGGAUCAGAGAUUCCACAAUUUCACAAAACUUUCGCAAACAGCUUUUUGUUCCAACCCCCUACAUUGUCCUGGACACUAAAUUUGCAUAAAUCCUGGGAAGUUAUUACUAAGCCUUAGUCGCAGCCCCAGGUAAUUUCCUCCCAGACCGCCAUGGGCUUAUGUAUAAAGGCCCUCUGGAGCUGGGCCCGACAGAGCUUGGUGCCCGCAGCCCAGACCCACCCAGACCCAUGGCUGGCCCCAUGAAGCUGAUGGCCCUGCAGCUGCUGCUCUGGCACAGCACACUCUGGCCAGCGCAAGAAGCCAGCCCCCUGGACCCUGCCAGCUCCCUGCCCCAGAGCUUCCUGCUCAAGUGCUUGGAGCAAGUGAGAAAGAUCCAGAGCGACGGCGCAGCCCUGCAGGAGAAGCUGUGUGCCACCUAUAAGCUAUGCCACCCCGAGGAGCUGGUGCUGCUGGGGCACUUUCUGGGCAUCCCCCGGACUCCCUUGAGCAGCUGCCCCAGCCAGGCCCUGCAGCUGACGGGCUGCUUGAGCCAACUGCACAGCGGCCUCUUCCUCUACCAGGGCCUCCUGCAGGCCCUGGCGGGGAUCUCCCCCGAGUUGGCCCCCACCGUGGACAUGCUGCAAUUAGACGUCGCCGACUUUGCCACCACCGUCUGGCAGCAGAUGGAAGACCUGGGGGUGGCCCCUGCCCUGCAGCCCAGCCAGGGCGCCAUGCCCACCUUCACCUCUGCCUUCCAGCGCCGAGCAGGCGGUGUCCUGGUCACCUCCCACCUGCAGAGCUUCCUGAAGCUGGCGUACCGCAUGCUGCGCUACCUCGCCCAGCCAUGAGCAGACCCUUUCCCUCCCGUGUAUUUAUCUUUAUUUAAUAUUUAUGCCUAUUUAAGCCUGUAUUUAAAGGCAGGGAAGAGAAGAACGAAGCCCCAGACUUCUGGGUCCUUCCCUGCGUCUCUGAGCUUCAUUCUCCUGCCAGUGGCAGCGAGAAAAAGCUCCCUCCUCCUGUCCCCUGGACUAGGAGGGAGAUAGGUAAAUACCAAGUAUUUAUUCCUGUGACUGCUCCCUGCCCUGGCUCUGCCGGGCCCUGGGAAGAGCCGCAGGGAGCCCUCCCCCGAGGAUACCCACCGUGGGGCCCUCGGGAGAUCAGAAGGUCUCCCACAUGGGAGACGAGACAUCCCUGUUUAAUAUUUAAACAGCAGUGUUCCCCAACUGGGUGUUCCCUCCCUCACUCUGGCCUCGGCCAUCUGUGCCCGGCCCCGCGUCCCUUGGGCAUCAAGGCCCUGGACUAGCAAGGGCAACAGAGCUGCGGGGGGCUGACCAUGGGGUCCCAUCAAUUUGCUGGGGAAUCUAGUUUUUUCUUAAGCAUUUGGGGGUAUGUUCUGACUCCCAGCACUCAGGCAUCAGAGACGUUUCUCCCAUUUUUUGGGUGGAUUUUCUCGGUGCCCUUGGGAUGCCUGCCCUGCCCCCACCUGACUCUCUUCAGGGCUGGGCAGGUGGCUGGGAUUGAUGAUGUGGGAGGGAACAUGGGAGGGAACAGGUGUGUGUGAGAGGAAGCGCGACCAUGUAACUUCCACCUCUGUCCCCACUUUCUUAUUGUAACCAAGCUUCAGAGUAAUAAAGAGUUUGUCCAGCAAAUGUCCUUCCUCCUUCUUGAGUCCAGCUUGUGCCUGGCCAGGGGCUGCAGGUGGCGGCGAUGCUGAAUGGUGGGAGAGGCCAGAGGGAAGGGGAGGUGUGGGGAGGAGGAAGGGAGUUCUCAGUUCAUGUGACAUUCAUUCCUCUACUGUGUUUAUCUGAGCACCUACUAUGUGCAUGCACUGAGGGAAGUCUAGGGACAUAGUGAACAAGGCAGACACAGCCCCCACCCUUGUGCAGCCACAACCUUUAGGGGGAGACAGAAGGCACAGGGACCAAGGGUGCAGGAGAGGAGAGAGAGGGGGCUGGGGGUACAAGUAACAGGCCAGAUGCCACUAUGCAGGACUGACCCAAAGGGGUGCAGACAUCUGCAUAGGGCUUGUCACUUUGCCAUCUUCCCUAAACUUAUGCCCAUCCAUAAAGUCACCCACAAACACAGAGGAAUCCAAGUCAGGGUGACCACUAGGGUCAGAACUUCUCAUCAGGCUUGGCCUCUGCUCUCACCCCGGCUGGCCACUUCCCCACAGUCGCGGCCUUAUGGGCUGAAGAGAGGUGAAGGGGCUGGGAGGGUGGCCAGCUGUGGCGAGCAGAGGGGCCCCUGCAGCCACAGACUGCCGUGUGG